UUGUAGCCAUUUCCAGAACCCAAGAAGAUUUCUUGAAAUUUCAGUUCCCUAGAUAGCAGGAUCAUCCUGGCGAGGGCCUGCAACUUUUGGUUUCAGUCCCAAUGCAACUUAUCCAUGCAGCAUCAGUAUAGCAAAAUUAACUCAAAUAACCACAAUCCUUCUCUAUAUAAACCCUAUCUCCCCCACAACCAUAACCCAUCAGCAAGAACAGGCAUUGCCUCAUACAUCAAGUACAAGAAGAAAAAAGAAAAAGAUUUAGCGUCCCUUUAUAAUUUUCUUACUUCAAAAACCAUGAAGAACGUUGUCUUCUCUGUGCUCUUACUCCUCUCCUUCCUCUUCUGCCUCGCCAACACCAACGAGGCAGCAGUUCCAUGCAGCACGGUGGACAUGAAGGCAGCUGCUUGUGUUGGGUUCGCCACUGGCAAGGACUCGAAGCCCUCACAGGCAUGCUGCACAGGGCUACAACAGCUUGCUCAAACUGUUAAGACGGUUGACGACAAGAAGGCCAUUUGCAGGUGCUUGAAGGCUAGCUCCAAGUCCUUGGGAAUUAAAGAUCAGUUCCUGAGCAAGAUUCCUGCUGCUUGCAACAUCAAAGUUGGCUUCCCUGUCUCCACCAACACCAACUGCGAAACGAUUCAUUAGGCCAUUAUGGAGGUGAUCAAGGCUGUGUAGGAAUUACAAAUCUUACAACAGUACUUGAUCAAGAAGGAUUUGAAUAAUGUAGUUGAGAUCUUGUUUUAAGACCCUCUUUGAACUUAUGAUAAUAAAAAUAAUAAUAAUUUAAUAUUUUUAUGUUA